GUUGCCAUAGCAGCGUUUGACGUCAUCGUGCGUGUGGUGCCCCUGCUGCCGGGGCUGGUGAUUGGAGGAAACCCCGUGUCUGCGGAGCGGCUGUAGCCUGUGAGCAGCUAGAUCCACGGACAGAGUCUCAGCCUCGCUGCGGCCGCCGCCCAGAGACUGCCGAGCCCGGUGUGUCCGCCGCCUCCUACUCCAGAUACAGAACAUCAAGUCAUGGAUAAAAAUGAGCUGGUGCAGAAGGCCAAACUGGCCGAGCAGGCUGAGCGAUAUGAUGACAUGGCAGCCUGCAUGAAGUCUGUAACUGAGCAAGGAGCUGAAUUAUCCAAUGAGGAGAGGAAUCUUCUCUCAGUUGCUUAUAAAAAUGUUGUAGGAGCUCGUAGGUCAUCUUGGAGGGUCGUCUCAAGUAUUGAGCAAAAGACGGAAGGUGCUGAGAAAAAACAGCAGAUGGCUCGAGAAUACAGAGAGAAAAUUGAGACCGAGCUCAGAGAUAUCUGCAACGACGUACUGUCUCUUUUGGAAAAGUUCUUGAUCCCCAAUGCCUCACAAGCAGAGAGCAAAGUCUUCUAUUUGAAAAUGAAAGGAGACUACUAUCGCUACUUGGCUGAGGUUGCUGCUGGUGAUGACAAGAAAGGGAUUGUGGAUCAGUCACAACAAGCAUACCAAGAAGCAUUUGAAAUCAGCAAAAAGGAAAUGCAGCCUACGCAUCCUAUCAGAUUGGGUCUAGCCCUUAACUUUUCUGUGUUCUAUUAUGAGAUUCUGAACUCCCCAGAGAAAGCCUGCUCUCUUGCAAAGACAGCUUUUGAUGAAGCCAUUGCUGAACUUGAUACAUUAAGUGAAGAGUCAUACAAAGACAGCACGCUAAUAAUGCAAUUACUGAGAGACAACUUGACAUUGUGGACAUCGGAUACCCAAGGAGAUGAAGCUGAAGCAGGAGAAGGAGGGGAAAAUUAACUGGCCUUCCAACUUUUGUCUGCCUCAUUCUAAAAUUUACACAGUAGACCAUUUGUCAUCCAUGCUGUCCCACAAAUAGUUUUUUGUUUACGAUUAUGACAGGUUUAUGUUACUUCUAUUUGAAUUUCUGUAUUUCCCAUGUGGUUUUUAUGUUUAAUAUUAGGGGAGUAGAGCCAGUUAACAUUAGAGAGUUAUCUGUUUUCAUCUUGAGGUGGCCAAUAUGGGGAAGUGGAAUUUUUAUACAAGUUAUAAAUGUUUGGCAUAGUACUUUUGGUACAUUGUGGCUUCACAAGGGCCAGUGUUAAAACUGCUUCCAUGUCUAAGCAAAGAAAACUGCCUACAUAUUGGUUUGUCCUAGUGGGGGAUAAAAGGGAUAAUUGGUUUCAGUCACAAGUGUAGUUAUUGUGGGUACUUUAAGGUUUAGAGCACUUUCAAGGCUGUGGUAGAAAAGAUACCCCACAGAUAUUACAUGUUGAACCAUGUGUAUCUGUGGAAUACACAGUCUCAAUGUGCAUACCUUUGACUACAGCUGCAGAAAUGUUCCUUUAGACAAAGUUGUGACCCAAUUUACUCUGAAGAAGGGCAGAAACGGUUCACAUUCCAUUAUUUGUAAAGUUACCUGCUGUUUGCUUUCAUUAUUUUUGCUACACUCAUUUUAUUUGUAUUUAAUUGUUUUAGGCAACCUAAGAACAAAUGUACAAGUAACAAUGCAGUAAAAAUGAGUUGCUUGAUAUCCAUUACUGUGUGUAUAUCAAGCACAGCAGUAAAACAAAAAACCCAUGUAUUUAACUUUUUUUUAGGUUUUUUGCUUUUGUGAUUUUUUUUUUUUUUUUUUUUUUGAUACUUGCCUAACAUGCAUGUGCUGUAAAAAUAGUUAACAGGGAAAUAACUUGAUGAUGGCUAGCUUUGUUUAAUGUCUUAUGAAAUUUUCUUGAACAAUCCAAGCAUAAUUGUUAAGAACACGUGUAUUAAGUUGAUGUAAGUGGAAUAAAAGUUUUAUGAAUGGAUUUUUCAACUACUUUCUCUACAGCUUUUCAUGUAAAUUAGUUUUUUGGUUUUAAAACUUCUCUAAAAAAAUUGUACAUUUUUGGAAAUUUAUUCCUUAUUCCCUUUUGGCAGCUAAUGAGCUUUUACCAAGUUUAAAUAAGAAAUUUAUCAUAAUAACAAAAAUACUACUCAUGUAACUACUAUUCCCAACCAUGUCCCAUUCUCCUUUCCAUUCCUCCUCCCCCCACCCCCCCCAACAAUUUCUAUUGAGGGGUGGGGGUUGUCAAUUGGAUAAAAGUAAUGUGUUUCAUUUAAAUUUUUGGAUAGGGCAUUUUCUAACUUAGGAAGCCACAAGCCACAAUGUUCUGGCCUACCAUGAUGUUGGGUAGCAUUAACUGUAAGUUUUGUGCUUCCACUUUUGGUUUUUAAGAACUUCUUGAUACUCUUGUAGCCUGCCUUUAGUUUUGAUCCUUUAUUCCUUCUAUUUGUCAGGUGCACAGGAUUACCUUCCUUUUUUAGCCUUCUGUCCCGUCACCAACCAUUCCUACUUGGUGGCCGUGUACUUGGAAAAAGGCCGCAUGAUCUUUCUGGCUCCACUCAAAUGUCUAAGAUACUACCCUCCUUCCUUUGCUUGCAUCCCACAGACUAUUUUCCCUCAUCCUAUUUACUGCAGCAAAUCUCUCCUUGGUUGAUGAGAUUGUGUUUAUCUCCCUCUAAGCCCUACCUAUCUUGAAUGGUCUGUCAUUGUCUGCCUUUAAGUCCUCCUCCUUCCUCUAUUCUCUAAAUAAUGAUGGGGCUAAGUUAUACCCAAAACUCACCCUACAGACUUUUUCCUCAGUACCUUGCAGAAAACACCAAACAAAAAUACCGUUUUAAAGAGGUGUAUUUUUUUUUCUUUUAGAAUGUAAGCUCCUCAAGAGCAGAGACAAUGUUUUCUGUAUGUUCUGUUGUGCCUAGUACACUGUAAAUGCUCAAUAAAUAUUGAUGAUGGGAGGCAGUGAGUCUUAAUGAUAAGGGUGAGAAACUGAAAUCCCAAAUACUGUUUUGUUGUUGUUCUAUAAUGACUUCAGAUUAAAUUGGGAAAUAUUGGCCCUUUUGGAAAAUUGUCCCAAAUAUCACAUUCAAAUAAAAGUGCAAUGGAGGCCUUGGGGUCUUUCUUUUAA